CCGUCAAAAAUGAAAAUCGCUUCUUCGAUUAAACAACCGGCUUUGUCCUCCGGUUCUGACCGGUUCGUGUGUUCUUUGUUAUCGGGAACUGAUCGGAAUCGGGAUCAUUCUGUUUUCUGCGAGCUUCCAUAAACCUUGUAAGGUACUGAGAACUUUCCAAAAGAUCGUCCUAUUCGUUCAGACAUUGUUUGGGUUAUCGAGGUCGCUGCGAAGGUUAACUGAAUGUAAUCUUUCCUGUUCUUCCUUCAGUAGUUACCUAUUAUUUACGAUGGAACCGGAUGAAAUCCAGAUAUUCAUCAAGGGCAUAGAGGGACGGUCGACCACCAUAGAGAUUCAUAAGGAUGCCACGGUUGGCAGGGUAUUUGAGUUGCUGUCAAAAAAGACUAAGAUACCAGUGGAAGGGAGUCGUUUGCUUUAUGGCGUCAAGGAAUUGCAGAGCGAUAAAUGCCUGUCAUACUAUGGCAUUGAGAAACAUUCCACACUGUUUCUUGUUUUCCGAUUGCGUGGCGGAUCAGAGCAGACCCGGGUGAAAGUACUGGAUCACACAGUGGAGCUCAGCGAUGCCCCGGAUAUGAUCACGUGGGAUGACGAUCCCGAAAACAAACGGGUCAAGAUGCCUUGCGGGCACGCUAUAACUCCAGACUCUCUGACCUUGUAUUGUCGAAACAUCUUGAACGAAGGCAAAUGGCGAUUUUUCUGUCCACACAUUAGCCAGGACCAGCCACCCAAACAUUGUAAUACAGAAUGGGAUUACUUAGAUGUUCGACGCCUGGCCGUUUUAACAGAUGAAGAAAAAGAGGAGUUUGAAGAUAAGAUCGCCACGAAUCACUUGUUCAAGGCUAUGGGCAUUCAAGAAUGUCCAAAAUGCAAGUCAAUGGUGGAGCGAAACGACAAAAAAGAUUUGCAGUUGCGUUGCACUGUAUGCAGUAAGAAUGAUGGAAAAACAUACGAGUUCUGCUGGCACUGCUUGAAGGAGUGGUACAAUCGAGACAGCAGGACUCAGUGUGGAAACGCUGACUGUUCCGGUGAAGACAAACGUCUCAAGACUCUACGUGAGUGCCCCACUAAGAAAAUUGGUGGAGUUGAGGGAUGCCCCAUCUACCGAGCAUGCGUAUUUUGCGGCUCGCUGAUUGAGCACACGGAAGCUUGUAAGCACAUGCACUGCAGAUGCGGCAAGGAUUUCUGCUUUGUCUGCUUGAAGCCUAGGGACAGCAGUGGUUGGAAGUGUGGAGGGUCCAGUGAUUCCUGCCCUGUGGCACCUGUGCAGACCAUGAUUCCUGGAGUCUAAGAGAGUCCAAAAACAAUCCUGUACCCACUGCCUUAAUUGCCUUCAACGCGCGUUUGAACUUGGGUAGCCGUACGUGAGAAGAGAAUGCCAAUUUUUAAAAGUAACAAGGUUGAAACCUAAAUAAUCCUGUGUAAGUGCUAAUCUUGCGAACGCUGACUGUAUAUUUCUGGGAAUUAGGCUAAUAACUAUCAAUUAACAGUAUCUUUUAUGUUUUUCACUUGCACACUGAAGGGAUGAUUGAGAAAACAAGAUAAACUAGGGGAAAUUUUUUUUCCUAGACGCGGUAUUUUUGAGUCAUUUAAUUGUUAGCAGUUGAUCAAUUAUGAUUGUAAUUUUUUUUUUGUCGGGUGGCGUAGGUUAGAUGCAUGUUUAAUAUUAAGCUUAACUUUAAAGUCUUCAAAAGAAGAUGUUUUGUAUUUGUUUUGUUUAUCCCGAGAAUUAAUUAUAAUUAUCUGGCAGACGAAUGUAAAUAAAUGCCAUUCUAUCCGGGAAGUAGUCCACUGUUUAGCCGAGCGAUUUUCCGUCAACUUUCUUCUUAGGGCCUUCUCUACGCUCUGCGAAAGUUGCAGACUAGGCUCCGGUUGUUCGAAGGCUGGAUAACACUAACCACCGGAUAAACUGCUAUCCAGUGCAUAAGUGUUAACGAAACAAACUAUGCUAUCCACUGGAAAGUGAUUUAUCCGGUGGAUAGCCAGGAUAGCGUUAUCCACCUUUCAAACAACUUGGGCCAGACUGAAGGUCACUUAUGACCUUAACUUUAUAAACAGCGCUGCCUUCUGAGCCACCAUGAAUCAGGAACUCCGGUAUUGAACAGCUGUUAAUAAAAGUACUAGCCUGAGUAUCAA